AUGCCCUCAUGGAGCCAGCUAAAAGAGAUUAUCGAGCGCUCAAAAACCCAGAACGCGCCACCAGUGAUUUUCUACGUCACUGUCCCGACAAAACAAACUACAGAUAACGAGUUCACUGACGUUUACAGAUGGGAAUUAUGCUUACGGUCGCUUUCUUUACAACAGCAAUUGGGCAUUCGCAACAAGAAGUUUCUCCUGGAUGCCUACCAAGUUUUGAUCAACAAGUUGCUCCAGGACUUUGUGCUCAAGAUAUACCUCUUCGAGGAGUCAUCUCUGGAGAUACCAGAGCCCAUUCGCUAUACCUACAACGAGUUUGGGAAGCCACUCCUAUCUCCAGAGUACGAUCUGGGAAUGAAUUUGCAUUUUAGUAUGUCCAAUUCGGCCGACAUAGUGGGUAUGGUGGUCACCACUCAUCCGGCUGCCCGGCGCAUCGGUAUUGACCUAUCGAACACGAAUGACGAUGUCUUGCCAGUAGGCGACCCAGGAGUUGGCUUGGAAACGUAUGAGUCUGUGUUCUUUCCCAGCGAAUACCAGCAUUUGCAACUAUACAAAGAUGAUGCCCGAUUGAAACUCCUCUUAAACCAGUACUGGGCCUUAAAGGAGAGCUAUACAAAGCUAUUAGGAGUGGGCUUAAACAUGGAUCUCUCGCGGUUGGAGUUUUCCGGGGUUAAUUUCUUGGAUGUGGAGGCGAACAAGCUGGGCCAUCCGGAGGAGCAGAUUCCGUGGGUUGGUCCGCCUGUGGAGCUCCGUCUCCACGAUAUAGAACAGGCCCUGUCCCAAGGAUAUACCAAUAGGGUGGAUUUGGGUCUCCUCAAAAGUCCGAAUAUAGUGGUUUCCACAAUCUGUGAAUAUGACGGAACGGUUCCAGACUCCACCCCGGUUGUGGUAAACAUUCCUCUAUCGAUGUUGGUGGAGUUUACAAUUACACACACGAAAUAG